GCAGUCAGUCUGUUUCUUGGACUAUUGUUAGCAGUUCUCAAUAGUUAUUUUGGUUAGGAUGGGUUGUGCUUCCCUGCUGGUUUUUUGUCUAGCAUUUACAGUGUUGAAUUUGAAGCUUGGACAAACCCAAACUGAUGCUGACAGGAUCGCUGCAGUAGUAAAUGAAGCUCUGAGGUCUUUUUUCAAUGAGGUUAAAGAAGACAUUAACUGCAUAAAAAGUGAUUUGGCAAACCUCACAGUGGUGGUUAACGAAAUUGUUCAAGAUUUAGAAGAACAUAAAAAUAACCCCGAAUCUGUAGUUCAUUCAUAUAAUGUUGAUUGCUGCUCAGAGGAUGUUACUGUACUUGGUCAAAAAAUUGAUGUGCUUCAAUAUAAAAUGAAUGUAAACAACAUGAGAAUGAACAGGGCAUUUUGCUUCACUUGAUUCCAAGGUGGUUUCAAUGAACAUGUCACUAGAAAGUGAUUUUGACUUUAUCAAAAGAGAGAUGCUCCGUGUUAAUGAAACUGUAUCUGUUGAAGUAAAGAAAAUUCACUCAAACAUCUCUUCAAUUGAUACCAGAAUGAAUGAUGGAUUCAGUUUACUUGAAAGCAAACUUGACACAAUUAUCUUCUCUGAACUGGCUAUUCUGGAUACUAGGGUUAGUGGGCUUAACGAUGCGGUGAGGGGAAAUCUUAAUGAUGUGAAGGCUGAGUUAAGGAAUGUCAGCGAAACAACACACGCUAUGUCUAACAAAAUUAAUAAGUAUGAGAUGAAUGCGACAACUAACGGUUGGAGGCAGGUAGUUAACUUUGAUAUGACGGACCCUAAUUCUAACUGUCCCCCUGGAAGGCAACUCACAGGUUAUUCUAAGAGGUCUUGUGGCAGAGUUAACACAAGUCGCAUGUCUUGUGAUUCAGUCUUCUUUCCAGUCAGCAGUGGUCCAUACAAUCAGGUGUGGGGCAGGAUCAAAGCCUAUGCGUGGGGACGACCAAUGGCUUUCAGUGUGACUGGACGAGAAACAACCGAUGGUGUCUAUUUCACCGGUGUAGCUGUAAUGCAUGGAAAUCCUAGACAACACAUCUGGACAUUUGCAGCUGGGGGCCUAGAGAACAUUACAUACCAUUACACAAGCUGUCCAUGUGACAUUGGACGAAUAGACACAACACCAGCACCACUUUUUGUUGGAGAGGAUUACUUCUGUGAGUCAGGAUAUGUAUGGCCGGGGUUUUGGAAUAGCACUGAGUACCGUAGUUUUCACUCCAAUGACCCUCUUUGGGAUGGGAAGGACUGCCACUCUACAAGUACAUGUUGUGCUCUUCACAAUCCUCCCUACUUCACUAGACAUCUCAGCAAGACAAGUACCGAUGACCUGGAACUGAGACUUUGCAAUAUUCAAUCUAGGUACAAUGGCGAUAUAGCAGUGGAAUCAGUUGAGCUACAUGUCAAGCUUGACUAUAUUCAAACAAAAUUGCACGAAAUUGACGACAAAUGAAAGUAAGUUUUGCACAUCAAACAAACAACAUCAAUAAUCUUCACGUACACCAAUGUGGGGGUACUGGGGGAUGGAGACGUGCAGUCUACCUUGAUAUGACAGACCCCAGCACUGACUGUCCGCCUGGUAUGACACUCACUGGACUUUCCAAAAGAACAUGCACUAGGUCAAGAAGCAUUGAAAUGGACUUGUGACUCAGCCUUCUUCCCUGUCAGUGGA